UGUCUGUUGCUAAGGAUGUUCUGACAGCGAUGUGUCUGUUGCUAAGGUUCAAGGUAAGGAUGUUCUCUCAGCGAUGUGUCUGUUGCUAAGGAUGUUCUCACAGCGAUGUGUCUGUUGCUAAGGUUCAAGGUAAGGAUGUUCUCUCAGCGAUGUGUCUGUUGCUAAGGAUGUUCUCACAGCAAUGUGUAUGAUGUAGCAAGGUUUCUGAUGUCAUAACUCCUGAGUGGGCGGGGAAUGAUUCCUAGAUGACUCUCCUCACAGGUCACCAGCCAGAAUAUGAAGAUGGGUGGAGGUCUCCCUCGAACCAACCCCCCGACCCAGAAACCCCCCAGCCCCCCCAUGCCAGGGAAGGGAACCAUUGGGCGCCACUCCCCCUAUCGGACGCUGGAGCCCGUGCGUCCGCCUGUGGUCCCUAACGACUAUGUCCCCAGCCCCACACGCAGCAUGGCUCAGCAGGAGAGUCCUGUUCUCACCACUUCAGUUAACCAGCGGCAGUGGAGGCAGUCACCCCAGCAGCAGUGGAGAGAACAGUGGGAGUGGCUCUGUAGGAGGACCCAUCGUUGUGCCAACAGCUCUCCACCAGGCAGCUUCCCAGGGACCUCUCCUCCUGCUACCCAGUCCUCCACCUGACCGCGCCCCUAACACUGAGGCCCAAUCGGCUGAGGCUGUAGCCGAGGCCCCUCUUCCCGCCCAAUACCCUCUCUCUGCUGCAGCCAUCUCGGCGGAAGUCUCAGAUGCACCUCCUCCCGCACCUCCUGCAGAGGAGGAGGCGUCGGCCGUGAUGGAGUACAGUGACCCCUACGCCGAGGAGGACCCUCCCUGGGCGCCACACACCUACCUGGAGAAAGGUAUGCUCUAGCUCCACCCCUAACCCUAGCUCCACC